AUGCAGCAUUUUCCUUUACAAAACAAAAAACUGCAGCGGCUUACACUUCCCUAUGCCAAAGUGGGCAUCUGCGAGAUGAUGAACGCUUCCUCGCGAUACUUCAUGGACUCCUUUAACGUUUACAACACCAAAAACAAAAAGGCCUAUACUCUUAAUCAUCCAAUCUGCAGAAACGACGGGUAUCUUUCCGAGCAGGCGUCUUCAAUAAUGGGUGAAAUGAUAGGGGGUGGCCUGAUGGAUAGCUAUACAGGGGCGACGGCGCCGCGCUUUGUCGCGCAUUACCUCGCCAAGGCGUUGAGCAUGCACACGAUAGUUCCGUCUGAGCUCGCGGCGCUUCGAAAAGAGCGUCCGGGCGAUCUUUUAGUGGACCUAAUGCUAACUUCCAUGCAUCGACAUCGGACGUUUCAACACAACGCCAUUUCCUCGAGCGGGGCAGCCUUGUCGUCCGAGGCCUCACGAGCGGUGAGCACCGACGCCGCUCGGAGGUUACGAUCGGUAAUGACGGACUGGGAUUCCCAGCAAUACGCCAUUUGCGCCGACGCCGCAUUUUUUCGGUGCUGUCAUCUGCUCCAAAAAAUCGAAUCCCUCAGGGAAAACGCGGGUGGAAUUGAGCAUCUGGGCAAUCUUGAGGACAACCUGGAUCAACUUCUAACGCAGGUAUCGAGAAAUGAAGCCGAGUUGGUGAGGUUUUUGGUAAAUGAUAUGAAAGAAUGCGAUGACGGGCGAACUCCCAGGCUCGCGGAGGUCCUUGAGAGUGGCUGUAGCGGGGUGUGGUUUACAGCCACUGUGGCGCCCUUUGAGCUCGAAACACAGCGGGAAUGCCAAAAGGAGAAAAAGAUAAGCGAAUCCCGCAUGGCGCCACCUCCCGAAAAAUACGCACCAAUCUCAAAUAAUGGGUUGCCAAGGCAUGCAAGCGAAAAAAGUGGUCUACCCAACCGCAUGGGGGAACAGAAGCCGUACUGUUUAGAUUUGAUGGUGUCGAACGUUGGAAACUCGAGGGCAUUUGGGAUUCUACGCAGUCGUCUUUCUAAAACUUCUCGAAGUUUCCUCGACAGCUCUCGUGAGCACAUCGUUCCGCUUAGUAUCGAUCACAGGCCCUUCCAAACUGAAGAACGUCGUCGUAUCACCAGUGCUGGUGGAAAGGUAUCUACAAAAGAUGGCUGCGUGAUCGACGACAAUCCUUUUUUCACCGUCUCCCGUAGCUUUGGGCAUUGGUCAAUGAAGAACAACCCGAAUCGAUCGCCGGUUCGGCAAAAGAUUAUUCCCCUGCCCUCCAGCGCGAGCUGGGAGAUGUUGCCAGGGGAUAUUCUGGUCUUGAGCAAUCACGCCUUGUACGAGACACGCCAUGAGGAGGACACCGACAUGGACGAGCUGGCAAAGCUCGCGGGCCGGGCGGUGGAUCGCGGCCUCCCCCCAGAAGAGGUCGCCGCGACGCUGUGCGAUUUCGCCCUCCGCUUCGGGGCUGAACAUUCCGUGCAGGUAAUGGUGAUGGUCGCCACGAACCUCGCGCGGGGUCCGGAAGAGAGGUUGGACGAGGCCGCGAAGGGGCCUUUUUUGCCUUUGUUCCAUGAGUAUAUUCGGCCGGGGCCAUUCUAUGCCGAAGCCUGUCGGAGGAUUCCGGAGUAUUGUCAGGCCCUUCGACGUGACUGUAGGCGCUGCGGCAUCAAGCUGCCGGAGCUACUGAAGUUGCGCUGGGAACGUGUUAAAGACAUCUUGCACCAACGACAUGCCCUUCCCCUGCACAUCUAUUAUGGGAAGGAGUGUGGAGGCUUACAACAGAUCAUGGAUGAGGAGGCCGAUUUGUUUGCCGAUUUGAUAAAAAAUGAAUCAUCGCUAUAUGAGGAUGACAUCUUCCUGAGACUAGAGAAAGAUUUAAUGGCUGAGGAUAAAAUGGUGCAGGCGAAGAACUCAAUGAAUCCAUGA